UCCACGUUUUUUCACCUCACUCCAGCCGUUCAGCCAAAUUUAGAUUCGCUCAACACGGACACUCUUCGCCGUCGACGAUCACUACCAGUGACGGUGUUGCCUUUCCGGAAUCUAUCAAAAACAAUAUUAGAUAUUCUAUAGUAUCUCCUUCCUGGUGCUGUGUCCUCAUCUUUUGUGCACGGAUUAUGUUAAAAUCACUAAGCACCAUUUUUCGAAGGGUUGGAAGUGCUUUGGAAGUUUCUGUUUUGUGUGGAAAGAGAAGUGGAGAAGUGGUUCUUUUCUAUUGCAUACAGAUUAAAAGUAGGGAUUUACUCUUCUUGUGAGAUUGUGCAAGGUGAAAUGGCAGACUAAAGACAACUUUCCAUUUUGUUUAAUAUAACAUGGCUAAGGAAAAUUUAUCCCAAACAAUAAAUGGGGGGGUUAAUGGUGAUGGCUGCCCUCCUUUUCAGAAUGAAGAUUCUCAGACUCAUUCCCGGUUUAGUCUAGACACAGAGACAAGCAUGGCAACUUGUCGUGUGUGCCAAUGUACAGAAUCUGACAAAAGGGGGGAUGCUGCAUUAGGAUUUUUGGGCAUCACUCCUCCUUUACGAGAAGAAUGUGAAAGUAAUGAAGAACUAAAUCCUAAUGGUAAAGGAUUCAUAGAUUUUGAUGGUGAUAAGUCCUUUGAUAAGAAUAUUCGAAGACAAUCUAGGGUUAUUAAGUUCGUAAGUCCUAAAGGGGAGGUCUUUAUUUGUAAUACUGACUUAGAAAUGGGUUCUUAUCACGAGGAGGACAAAUUAUUUGAACUUGGCUGUUCCUGCAAAAGUGAUCUAGCCCUAGUGCAUUAUGCUUGCGCUUUAAAAUGGUUUGUUAAUCAUGGGUCUACCGUUUGUGAAAUCUGUGGAAAUGUUGCCAAAAAUAUAAGGACAGCUGAUUUCAAGAAAGUUGUGCUUUCUUUGAAGGAUUAUGAAACAUUAAGGGAAAGGACUGCUAAUGGAGAUCCCAAUCCUGCACAGGUUCAUAUAAGCUCAGGUGUAGACCCUGAUGCUGUUGCUGCCAUCCAAAGGCAACGACUAAGCGAGAUUUCAUUGUGGUUUAAUCCACAUAACAAUAGUAACAACAACAACAACAAUAAUUCUGUUGCAGUUUCACAGGUUGUUUCUGAACAACCUUUGACCAUUGUCAAUGAAGAAGCUAUCCCUUCCGAAAAUCCUGCAACCAAAUGGGCUGUGGAAGGUAUUGGAAUUCUUCUUGCUACAGGGCUACUUACUGUCACACUUGCAUGGCUCAUUGCCCCUCGUGUUGGAAAGAAAACAGCUAGAAGUGGUCUUCAUAUUCUUUUGGGAGGCAUUUGUGCUUUAACGGUUGUGGUUUUCUUUCGCUUUUUUGUGUUAACUAGGAUCAAGUAUGGACCAGCACGCUACUGGGCUAUCUUAUUUGUGUUCUGGUUUCUUGUCUUUGGUAUAUGGGCUUCAAGAACCCAUGUUGCUCAUGCAACAUGAUGGUAAGUUGCUGGUGUAAUAGUUAUCUGGUGUAUUCUUUUUCCCGCCACGGGUAAAUGUUGAGGCAUGUACCCCGUUGAUUGGCUCCAUUUAAUCGAUCUCAUCUUCUGAGUGUCCCCAAUGAUCUGUGAUCGGGGAAUAGUAUGUGUGAUGUGGCCCUUCAGGGUAAUGUAUUUUUGUGAGUUCGAAUCUUCAUAAUCUUGCUAUUGUAACUCGUGACAUGAGGAUAUGAAUUAGCUACAUGCAAUUAGCUUUCGCUGACCUGGUGGAUAUAUAACGUCAUUACCUUAUUA